UCACAAGAUUCAAUCAUUUUGUAUUCCAAAUUCAUCAAUGGAACCAGACAGAGAAGAAACCUUAAUUACAAUCACCAACGACAACAAUAAACAAUACAAUCCAAAGUCAAAGUCAAACUAUUGGAUAAUCGACACACUAGAAUCAACAAGAUUUUCAUGGAUCUUCAUUGAUCAAUCAAACCCAUAUAAAGCUAUUCUAUCAUGGGUCAUUUUUUUCAUAUUCACAAUUGGUGUACCCAUGUUGUCACAUAUUGUGUAUCAAUGUAACACUUGUGAUCACAGUCAUCAAAGACCAUUCGAUAUGAUCGUCCAGUUAUCAUUGUCGAUUUGUUCGACACUUUCUUUUAUUAAUUUGUCAGCUUUUGCUAAGAAAUAUGGGCUCAGGAAAUUCUUGUUUCUCGAUAAGAUGUCGGAUGUUAGCGUUAAAGUUCGUGAUGGGUAUUCUGAUCAGCUUCAUAGAUCAAUGAAGCUACUUUGUGCAUUUAUCGUGCCAUGUUUUCUAGCCGAUAGUGCCUACAAGAUAUGGUGGUUCAGUUCUGGUGGAUACCAAAUACCUUACAUUUCCAAUAUUUACCUUAGCCAUAUGUUAGCUUGCAUUCUGCUUUUGUCUUCUUGGUUAUACCGAACAUCACUCUUCUUUCUUGUUUGUGUUCUCUUCAAACUCACGUGUUCUUUACAAAUACUUCGGUUAGAGGAUUUUGCUAAAGUGUUUGAGAAACAAGCAGACGUGGGUUUAAUAUUGAUGGAACAUCUUGCUAUUAGAAGAACUCUUCGUAUUAUAAGUCACAGGUUUCGUGCAUUCAUUUUGUCAACUUUGAUCCUGGUUACAGCAAGUCAAUUUGCUUCUCUGCUUGUUACAACUGAGACGGGGUCACUUGUCAAUAUUUCUACUGCUGGAGAACUUGCGCUGUGCUCCUUGACACUAGUGAGUGGUCUAUGCAUAUGCCUACGUAGCGCUGCAAAAAUUACACACAAAGCUCAAUCUGUGACUAGUUUGGCAGCCAAAUGGCAUACGUGUGCCACCAUUGACUCAUUUGAUAAUGUUGGUCCCAUUGAAGAGACUCCCAUGGCUAAUCCCGACAGGGCUAAUCACCAAUUCAAUGCACAUAUUGAUUCAGAUAUGGAUGAAGGAGAUGAAGACGAAUUGGACAAUACAAAGAUGGUCCCAAUUUAUAGGGAUACAAUCUCGUACCAAAAGAGGCAAGCUUUAGUGAGUUAUUUUGAGAACAAUAGAGCAGGGAUCACUGUUUUCGGUUUCAUGCUGGAUAGAUCAUCACUGCACACGAUCUUUGCGAUUGAAAUGUCGCUCACACUUUGGUUGCUGAACAAAACAAUCGGUUUCUCAUGAAUGAUCAUUAUACCUUGUACGAAAUUAUUUUUCUUUUCAAGAUUUUGAUCAAGAAAGGUGAAGCAAAACCAAAUUGGCAACAGCUUCAAGAUCAGUAUGUUGUGUUUACUGAAGAUGUGUUAUAAGCUUGAUAGAGUUCAAUGUGUAAAAUUACCUCUGCAUCCGGAAUUGGUCACUAUGAUUGUACGAGGCUUCUGCUGUUAUCUGCUUGCCUUCUGCUUACAGUGCCAAGCCGGUCAAAGAACCAAAUGUAUCAUUGUGGAAUUAUGAUUUCAUUCUAUGGCAGCGUGGUCUAUUGCGGUAGCACUACUUGGCAUUCUUUAAAGGGUCGAGUAAUCUAAGGUGACAUUUGAAAACCAAUAUAUCUUGUAUACAGUUACAGGGCAUUUGUAUUCUUCAAUUUGUAUUUACAUGUUUUGUGUAUGUAUAGAUAUACAUACUUUGUA